AUGCCAUCAAUUGACUACAGACAUGUACACAAACUCACCCAAGCUUGGUCGCGCAGCCUCUUUCCAGGGCCUGCCUGGGAGCUGAUGGAAGAUAUUGGAUGGUACAAAGAACGAUUGUAUCAACCAGAUGGCACUCACCCUAGGCCACUGACACUCGUUGGCGUCUCUAGUAGUGCCUCCGAUCUUGAAAUAUUGACCACAAUCGAUGGGCGUAAAUAUCUGCCGUCUCCGACUGCUGACGAUGAGAGCGAGAACUGGACACCACCUCCACCUGUUGACUGCUUCUUUGGUCCGCUCGGAGAUCAAACCAUCGUGUCUCUAGGGACAUUCGAAUCUGUUUCCCUAGCGAAGUAUCUCAGCACAUCGACCGCCCAAGUUUUCAAUGUUGGGGGGCCUGCAUGGGGACUUGAUUGGUGCCCAAUGACGGAUGGAUUGUUGAAAGAGAGAAACUAUCAUAGAUAUCUCGCCGUUGCAACUUUCCCCAACAUGAAAUUUUCUCUGUCCCCUUCACCAGACACGGCAUUCUCAAGGCCGGCGUGCCUACAGUUAUGGAGUUACGGUCCACCGGUAGAGGAGGCAUCCGGCCUCGAUGCAAACGUUAAAUGUGAAAUGAUACUCUGUGUUGAUGAUGGACCCUCAUUCGAAAUAAAAUGGUACCCUUUGCCUUCUCAUGAUUCAGCCAACAUUGAAUCAGCAGUUCCAAAACUCGGUAUUCUUGCAGGAGUAUUCACGGAUGGCUCGCUCUCGAUCCACUCCGUUCCUGAUCCCCACCAUUUGAGAAGUAACUUGGGUCAGGAUGUUGAAGAUCCGAUAUAUAUGCAUACCAAGGCAAUUUUCAAGGUUUUCCCCAGUAACUCGGCUUUUGGCUUAUUCAAGCAAUACCUAGGCACCAUUUUGGUAUAUCAUAUCAAAGAGGCACUGCUACACCGGAAACCAGGAGAGACCGAUAUCCCGUACUGUGUCGAGUACGCCCCAUACAUCGGGGGAGUGCUUGUACCCGAGCAUGAUAACCUCCUGAAAUAUUAUGGGCUAUUUCCGCAACUUAUCGGUCAUGGUACAACAACUCUCAUUGCCAAUGGCCCUAUAUGGGACAUUUCGACAUCCGAUUUUCACCCAUACGUUGCUGUUGCCUGUUCGGAUGGCUCUGUAAUGACAAGUUGCCUGAUGAAAAACGUUAGGAAAGCAGGCUCGUCCGCGCAUUCGCAAUCACCGCAGCCGAUUCUCCAAUGGAAAGCCUAUCAAAUGGACUAUAACUCCCACACAAAUCAGUACCGGAUGCUUGAUAAUUUCUUGCCAAUGGUGAAGAUUUGCAAACUCGAAUCGUGGACAUUGCUAUUGACACACCGCACACAGGAAUUGACUGAACGCUCACAGACAACGAAGAACGCAAAGAGGCGUAAAGGUGAAUCCGGUGCAGUGGCUCCUCAGGAAGGGCGCAGUUAUGACGGGUCCGGUGCCUGGCCUGCUGAAGUCGGUGUCCAUCGUGUAGCGUGGCAUUCUGGUGGGGGACUGCAUUCUGCGCCUCUCCUAGCGAGUGCGACGGCCAGUGGUUUAUGCAGGAUCGAAUGGAUGAAGGGCCGAGGCCAGGAGGGGAUAAAUUUGUAUUCCAUGAUUCAGCAUCUGAGAGGUGGGGAGACUGUGGCAGCGAAAACCGUUCUAAGCGAUACAGAAGAUGGCUAG